UUCUAAAAUGACAGUGUUUCCUUCUUCCAGCUCGUCACAGCUUGUUAAAACUUGUAUUUUCUUUAUCCGCCUGCAUUAAUGCCCAGUUAUAAAAAGAAAAAAAGAAAAAAACUUUUAAGAGUAACUUUUCAAUAGAAACUCUCCCAAGCAGCCCUCCCUGCCCCUCCUCCUCGCAGGUCCUUCCCCUUAUAAAUGAACUGAAACUUAAUUCUACCACAUUUGUAGCACGUGCUCUGUUCUGUGACGCUCCUCUAUUAAUAAGAUCCACGAUGGCAGCUGUGGUGGUGAAUCAAGGCCCGGGAAACUGGACCUCCGGGUUGUGCAGUUGCUGCUCCGAUAUGUCUACCUGUUGCUGCUCCUUGUGGUGCUUCCCCUGCAUGCAGUGUCAGACGGCCAGCAAGCACGGCUGGUGCUGCGCCAUGCCGCUCCUGGAUGUCUUCUGCGGCGUGGUGACCUGCGUUCUGCAGUCUUCUAUCAGAAAGCGCUACAACAUUCCUGGGUCGUGCUGCGAGGACUGCCUCAAGUGCACGUUCUGCUACGUGUGCGUCUGGUGCCAGAUGAACCGAGAGGUGAAGACCCGAUCCAAGUACGCCGGCGGCACCACCGUGGUCACUACGCAGGUCGUCAGUGCUUAGGCGGCUGGAGUUAACCAGGAGCUUUUUCACACAUUUGUUUAAAGAAAAAGGGUUAAAAAAAUCCAUAUUGUUGCUGUUUUUGUUGGUAUACUAAACAUUUUUUGAUUGUUUAAGCCUUCUAAUACUAAUAAUAAUCUUUGAUUUGACUUG